AAUGUAACGGCAUGCAUGACCCGGAGCUCGUAGUGAGCGAGGAGGCAACUCCACACUGCGAGCAUCGCUGCGAAAGGCUGCCUCGAUCUCCCUUCCGCAGCUGCAAUCCUCGGUCGUCUGCCCUCUUCGGAACCUCUUUUGAGCUUCUCUGCGUGGAAUCGAAUUUUUUUGGGGUUUAAGCCAGUGGCCGAUUCGUGUUCAAGAGAGAGAGAGGGAGAGAGAGAGAGAGAAGCGCAGUACUCAACUGUUAGGGUUGGAGUUGGGGCGUUUCUCAGAGGGGGCUUAUGGAGGAGGAGCACGAGGUUUACGGGGGUGACAUACCCGAAGAAGUGGAGGGAGACAUAGAGGGCGACUUGGAUGGGGAGCCCGAUGACCUCGUUCUCAAAGGGGAUGAUACCACCACUGACGAAGCUGCUUCCAAGGAACUGGAGGAGAUGAAGAAACGUCUGAAAGAGAUGGAGGAGGAGGCUGCUGCAUUACGUGACAUGCAAGCCAAGGUUGAGAAAGAAAUGGGUGCUGUCCAAGAUUCUGUAGGUAAAGAUGGGUCUGCUACCAAUCGAGAGGAGGCAGAUGCUCGUUCAGUUUUUGUCGGCAACGUUGAUUAUUCCUGCACUCCGGAAGAGGUGCAACAACACUUCCAGUCGUGUGGGACGGUGAACCGUGUCACAAUUUUGACGGACAAGUUUGGGCAGCCCAAAGGGUUUGCAUAUGUGGAGUUUUUGGAGGUUGAAGCAGUUCAAAAUGCCAUUCUUCUUAGUGAAUCUGAGUUGCAUAAUCGUCCUUUGAAGGUCACAGCAAAGAGGACAAACGUGCCAGGAAUGAAGGCUUAUCGGGGAAGACCGUACUAUGGGUACCGCUCCAGGAGGCCCUAUCCGCCCCCCUAUGGGAAAGUACCCAGGUUCAGGAGGCCAAUGCGUUACAGACCUUAUUAUUAGGAAAUUUCUGCUGUUGGACUUUUUAGUUCUGGCUGUAAUGUGGCCCUUCUAGAAGGUCCAUGUACUAGGAGAGGGCUUGUGUCUAGUGGCCUUUGAUGGCCUGAUUGAGUAGUUGUUCUACCAGCGUUGAGGGUGUUUUGACCAUUGUUGUGGAAUUAUCCUCACUUCUCUGGAAGGAGUUGGCGACUCGAGCAAAAGUAGGUGUAUUCUCGUCCGUAUCGUUUGUGAAAAGUUUUUCCAAAUCUUGAGGGCCUAGGCUUGCCCGACGUAAAGCAUCCUGACUUUUACGCACAAGUUUUAUGCGAGUCUGAAGAACUUUUGAUGACGCUGGAUUAUGUGUUAUCUUUCUACAUUUUCCCUCCACGUGGAUUGUCCAAGACAAUUCAUCUGGAAACCCAGGUGGAUUGCCCAAUGUUAAAUUAUGAUCAAUCAAUUUGGCUGUAA